AUGGGUAAAGCAGGCAAGAACAAGAAGUCAUUGAUGUUCGAAAAGAUCCUCCGCCACCGCGUAAAGGAGACCUACGGCACCUCUAUACCGUCCAUCGACAAACUCAUCGACGGUCUCCGGGCUAAAUAUCCCGAAUACGGUCGUUACAGGCACCAACUCUUCACAAGGAUGGUGAAACAAACACUAGACGUUCAUAACAACAACGACAAGAAGCGGAAAUUAACUGCUAACUAUGAAGAAGACGAUGACGUUAUGUCACGGUCUUCAGCAAGCAAAAAAGCGAAGAAAAUUGAAACUAAGGGUAGAGAAAUUGAGCUACAAACAGAACCAUCAGAACUGGAAUUGAGUAGUACACAUACGGUUUUGAUUUUCGAGAAUGAGAGCCAGCAAUUUGAGCCGGGGUUUGAUUUUACUAAAUCAAUGCUGCGAAACAAAUACAGCGGGUCAACAAUACGUAAAAAUAUAGAGUUAGAGCCCAUGGUAAAAGCCGGGUCAAGGAAAUCAAAUAAUAACGGGCCAAGGUUUGAGGACAUUGGUGGUAUGGAUGAUGUGUUGGAUCACCUGGAAAUGGAGGUGAUUGUUCCUUUGCUUCAUCCGGAUCUUUAUCCAAGCCUCGGGCUAAGAGCGACUGCUGGUGUUUUGUUACAUGGGCCGCCUGGGUGUGGAAAGACUCUACUAGCUCGUGCUAUUGCUAAUGAGUCUGGGGCUUCGUUUUAUAAGAUUUCGGCCCCUGAGUUGGUCUCCGGUGUAUCAGGUGAAUCUGAAGAGAAUAUAAGAGAGCUAUUUUCAAAAGCAAACAGGACUGCACCAUCUAUAGUUUUCAUUGACGAGAUUGAUGCAAUUGCUUCAAAAAGAGAAAACCUUCAAAGGGAGAUGGAAAAACGAAUCGUGACACAACUAAUGACGUGUAUGGAUGAAUCUCAUAGGACAUCUAAACCAGAUGACGCUUUAGAAACCACAGAAAUGCCAAAUGGCAAACCGGGAUAUGUUUUGGUGAUUGGUGCUACCAAUAGACCUGAUGCGCUCGACCCAGCGUUAAGAAGACCAGGACGUUUUGAUUUGGAAAUCAGUUUAGGUGCUCCAAAUGAAGAUACAAGAUUAAAGAUUCUUUCUGUGCUUACACGAGAUAAAAAACUUGAAGGUGAUUUUGACCUGAUCAAAAUUGCGAGGUCAACUCCUGGUUUUGUUGGAGCCGAUUUGGAUCGUUUGGUGAACACAGCUGGUGGCCUUGCUAUAAGGAGAGUGUUUUAUAAAAGAAAGUUGGAACUUCCUAUAGAAAGUAUACAAAAUAAAAACUGGUUGAAGAAGGCAUGGACUCAUGAAGAGCAUGCCAGCUAUAGGAUCACAACGUCUGAUUUUGAGGCAGCUGCCAAGCUGGUUCAACCCUCUUCUAAAAGAGAAGGGUUCACGAGCAUUCCAAAUGUCAAAUGGGAAGACAUUGGAGGUCUUCAUUCGCUUAGAAGGGAGUUUUACACUCACAUUAUCAGCCGUAUAAAAUAUCCUGAUGAAUGUGAGGAUAUCGAAGAUGAUUUGGAGACGGGGUUUUUGCUUUAUGGACCUCCUGGUUGUGGAAAAACAUUGAUUGCCAAAGCUGUUGCUAACGAAGCAGGAGCAAAUUUUAUACACAUUAAGGGCCCUGAGCUUCUGAACAAAUACGUCGGGGAGAGUGAGUUGGCAGUGCGGACUCAUUUCAGUCGCGCAAGGACAUGUUCUCCAUGCAUAUUAUUCUUUGAUGAGGUAGAUGCUAUUACAACUAAGCGUGAAACUGAAGGGAAUUGGGUUGCCACUCGAGUUGUACACCAGUUCUUGACAGAGCUAGAUGGUGGUGAUCAACGUAAGGGAGUUUACGUAAUUGGUGCUACCAACAAACCAGAUGCGGUAGACUCAGCACUCUUACGGCCCGGAAGGUUUGGGGAAAACAUGUAUGUCUCUCUGCCAAACCAAGACGAGCGUGUGUUGAUCUUAAAAGCUCUUUCUAAGAAUAGGCGAUUAGAUGCUGAUGUGGACUUGAUUGCUAUUGCUCAGAGAUGUGCAAAUUUCAGUGGAGCAGAUCUUUCAAAACUGAUGAAGAAAGCUUCAUUGGCUGCUCAUGAAGAAAGAAUUAGUAAAAUUAUAGCUGCUGGUCAUGAAGGGACAUCUCUCGGUGACACCCGACAUAUUAUUAAAGCAGUUCAUUUUGAGCGAGUAUUUAGAAAAGUCUCACCUUCUGUCUCAGAAGCGGUAUAUAAUAAACUAGCUCUAUCUAUCUUUACAAAUCGUCAUUGUUUAGAUCAAGUGAUCAACAACAUCUGGAAACGGGGUCGUGUUUGUGGGUUGUCGGGUCUAACCCGACACAGAUCUUAA